AUGUCCCAAUCUACGAGUCAUGUCCUCCACCACAUCCACAAUUACGGCUCGCGCAGCGACUCAACAACAACAACAUCAACAACAACAUCAACAUCAGACCUCACCGUCCAGGCGAAAGUAGGUCUAGCUUUCGGCAUACUAGGAGCAAUCCUCCUCACCAUAAUCCUCACCACCCUCAUCGUCCUCCGAAUCCAGCACGGACCCGUCAUCACUCUCCGAAUGCUCUUUUCCCGCAAUCCGAUCCCAAACAUACAAAGACAAUCAUUAUCAUUAGAUAUUUCCCCAUCGGACGAGGAGUCUCAGCCGCCGCCGGCAUACACACAUCCACGCCCACACCCACACCCACACCCAUUACCAGAGGCAGAAUCGAAGGGGAAUGCAGAUAUUGUACCACCACCACAACAAGCGCAUAUCCCCCCCUCGCUGCGCAAGGAACUUAAUCUGCAUGUCGAUACGUCACGUUCACCUUCUACUACUACUACCACUACCACUACCACUGCUAUUGCGGCGACGAAGCCGAAACCUACACCGCUGAGAACAAUGUCCGAUACGGAAAUAAUUAAAUCAUCAACAUCCGAGAUGAAACAUAGAGAGGCGCGCUCGACGCUAAAGGUCCAGAUUCACCACCACCACCAUCACCUUCACCAUAAUCAUAAUCACCCGUAUUAUAGUCGGCUGAGGGUGGGGAGUCCGAGAUCGCCUGCUGGUAGCGGAGGGAAUAAAUCAGAUAGGCUAUGUCCGCCGGACGAGUAUGCUGUGCCGCCGGAUAGUCCUGAUGUGAUUGUGUUGCCGUCGCCGAGGGAGUUGCAGAAGUUUAGGAUUAAUGUUUAUCGAUGA